AUGAGGAUCCAAGGAAGAACAACCAACUCUCCAGCGGGGGGAUCUGGCCGUGUCUAUUUCGACGAGGAGGACGAUUCCCCUGGUCGAGAACAUGCACCCUCGCAGCGGGAGUCGAAUACUAUCCCCGAAGCGACUCCUCAGCUCAAUCUUACAAAGGAGCCCUACCGUUCAUUCAACGUCUUCAAAGAUGUACCACUCGGUACAAAUGCCUUCAGCUUUUGCCUUCAGGUCCACCCUUCUGGAGGACUUGCUCAAUCUCCAAGCCCAGUAUAUCACACCUUGCGCAUCCCCUGGUACCGCCAAGGGCUUUAUCUGCCAGCUUCAUUUGAUCUUUACUCUGGUGGCAAUGUUGUGCGCAGCCGGAAAGAUCCAUCUCCUGAUCCUAAGGACCACCGUGCGCACAUUCACUACCGUGGCUUUGAGGGUCUGCUCGGUCUUCACGUGACAGUAGACAUCUUCCGCCAAGUAGGCUCUAACACACUCCAAAACGACCUCCCAGCCUCUGAGGAGAGACUGGAUCUUGUCAAGCACUGCUCAGUGGAUAUUGUUCGGAAGGGAAUUGGUAGGACUUACCGUGUUGAGAUUACUGGUGGCGGCGCUGUCAGAACAUUCUACUGGAAAGGAUCCAAGACUGCAUUGUCUCUCCUUCAAACUGAAGAGAAAGACACUGGUCCUAGCGAUGGGAACGGCAACCUGAAGUUCUUCGCUGCAAAUAAACCAGAUGAUAUUCUUGCGGUGUGGCAGAAUAGAACCGAUCGGCAAAUUCUAGGGUCUUUGAACGUUAUCGCCGAGCUUGAUGCUGAUUCGGAUGGGAUCCUUGAAGGGUCAAUGGUGAGUUGCCUGGGAGUGGUUGUUGCAGAAAGGGUUUCCGGGCGAGGGUGGGUAGGUGGCCUGGGGAAGUCAAGGAACUCUUAG